UCACUAUGUUCUUUCUUUGCACGUUUCCAGUACUUGUAAGUGCCUAAGAAUCAACCGGUUAGGAACUGUCUUCAAAUCUUACUAAGGACUCACAUAUUCCAUGCACAAUGACCCUCAGGUCUUGGAGUCACCUGUUUCUCCUGUUUCUGUUCUGCCAUCAUGAAGUCCAUCACGCUGCGUGCAAGCCAAGGUGGAUGUCGGCACAGUUCCCCUGCGAUGUCACUGCCUAUAAUACCACAAAAGUCAAAUUUGACUGCAGAGGCCGCCUUCUGACGGAAGUGCCAAGAGGAAUAACGCAUAAUGUGACUGAUCUUGACUUAUCAGAAAACUUUAUUAAGGCAAUUAAGGGGAAUGAAUUUUCCAACAUGUCAAAUCUGACUUGGCUGAAGCUUAGUUGGGCAAACAAGAACAAGAAUAUGACGAUUGGUGAAGAUUCUUUCAAAAACCUCACAAAGCUUAAGGAGCUGCAGCUAACAGGUAUUUAUCUGAAAGAAAUACCAGCAAAUCUCCCUGUUAGUUUGGAAACCCUGGAGCUGGACCACAACAAGAUCUUGCUGCUGGAUAGGAGGAGGCUUGCUAACUUAAAAAAUCUCACGCAGCUGUUCUUGUCUCAAAACUGCUACAUGUGGGACCCGUGUGGACGUUCGGUUGAAAUCGAAGAUGACACUUUUGCUGACUUGACCUCACUGCAAACUCUGGAUUUAUCUUUCAACAACUUAACCCAAGUUCCCAAAGGAUUGCCAGAGUCAUUGAAAAACCUGUCUGUUGCUUCUAAUUAUAUACAGCAAAUCCAUAAAAAUGAUUUCCAAAACCUGACCAACUUGAAGGAACUUGAGCUACAGGGAAAUUGCCCAAGGUGCCAGAACGCUCCAUAUCCCUGUGUCACUUGCAUUAACAUUUCUCUCACCAUCCACCCUGAUGCAUUUCAAAAUUUAGUAAAUCUUGUAACUCUCAAUCUAGGAGGAAACUCGUUAAAGUACCUAAAACCUUCCUGGUUUGAAAAGCUCCACAAACUUAGAGAGCUGUUUCUUUCUUUUAAUUUUUUAGUAAACGCAAUCACCCAGGAGGCAGCCUUCCUCCGAUACCUCCCCAGCCUUGUAAGAGUCGACUUGUCUUUCAACUAUGCCUUGAAGAGUUAUCCAAGGACUCUGAAUCUUUCUGAAGAGUUUUCAAACCUCACAUCAUUAAGAACUUUGCACCUGGAGGGCUUGGUCUUUCAGAACAUUGAACAGAGCACUCUGAAAUCUCUGUAUGGGCUUAAAAACUUGUCUGCGCUGAAUUUGGGGACCAAUUUUAUCAUUCACUCUGAUUCCACUGUGUUUAGCAAAUUCCAAAACCUGAAAAUGAUAUACCUCGCAGAAAACCGACUUUAUCCCGUUCCGGUGACACGCACGCCAACCCCAAGAAAUGGAUACAACCAGAGGUCCCCGCUUUCCUUCAAACCGCUCACGCAACAUUCACAACCUACAGGUUAUGAGAUAACACAUGCUUUUAUCAAAAAGCAGUGUUUUGACUCCGGAAAAGUUCUUGUCCUCAGCUCUAAUAACCUGUUCUUUAUUUCUCCAAAGCAGUUUGAAGGAUAUGGAGAUAUCGCAUGUCUCAACCUCUCAGGAAAUGGAUUUUCAGCAGCUCUUAAUGGAACAGAGUUCUCCUCACUGCCUAAUCUGACAUAUUUAGACCUGUCCUACAAUAAGAUUGAUCUGGCAUAUGACAACUCCUUCAAAGAGUUAAAAAAACUAAAAGUGCUCGACCUCAGUUACAAUCCACACUAUUUUAAAGCAUUCGGACUUACGCAUAAUCUGAAUUUCUUAAAGAAUCUUCCUGACCUACAGGUGCUGAACAUGAGUCAUAACUCCAUUCACACUUUAACAACUAAGCAGCUGCACAGCGAAUCGUUGACAGAACUUCAGUUUGCAUAUAAUUCCCUUGGCGUUCUCUGGAAAGAAAAAGACGGUUCGUACACAAAACUUUUCACUAAUCUUCACAAUUUAACUGUUUUAGAAAUAUCGCACAACAGAAUUAGUAAGAUCCCCGACAAUGUCUAUGAAUCUCUGCCUCGUAACCUCACCAAACUCAGCAUUCAUCAUAACUUGCUGACAGAUUUUUCUUGGGACAAACUGAAGUUUUUCCAUCAACUUCAGAUCUUAGAUCUGAGCUUCAAUUCUUUGUCCUACAUUGCAGGAAUCAAUUCAAGCAUCACGCAGUCUUUGACUUUACUAGAUCUGAGUCACAACCACAUUUUCCACCUGAAAGAUGGAUUGUUCAAUGGUCCAAAAAGUCUCCAGACUCUGAGUCUGAGCUUUAACAAACUGACUUUGGUUAACAGCUCGAGCUUCGGAGAUGAGAACAACAUCAGGACUUUGUUCUUGCACAAGAAUCCGCUCCAAUGUAUUUGUGAUUCGUUAGAUUUCAUUUUAUGGAUCGAAAGCAGUCCCAUCAAGAUCCCGAGGUUGACAACUGCAGUGACCUGUGACACGCCAGAAAACCAAAAGGGAAAACCACUAGUUUACUUUGACAUUAGGCAGUGUGUAAAUGACGAUCUAGCACUGAAGCUGUACAUCGUCACAACAUCUAUAAUUGUUGUUUUUAUGCUUUUGGUAACAGCAUUUCCUUUAUUCUACUGGGACUUUUCGUACAUCACACACUAUUUGAAAGCUAAACUGAUGGGAUACAAGUCCCUGAACUUCCCAGACAAUGCUUAUGAUGUCUUUGUGACAUAUGACACUAAAGACUCACACGUAUCUGAAUGGGUGAUGAGCAACCUGCGGGUUAAACUGGAAGAAGACGGAGAAAAGCAUCUUCCUAUGUGUCUGGAGGAGAGAGAUUGGCCCCCAGGAGUCCCGCUGGUAGACAACCUCAUGCAGAGCAUCCGAUACAGCCGCAAGACCCUGUUUGUUUUAACAGAGGGUUAUGUUAAGACAGGAAUCUUCAAGAUGGCAAUGUAUCUAGCACACCAGAGACUGCUGGAUGAAAAUGUCGAUGUGAUUGUGCUGCUCAUGCUAGAGCCCGUCCUGCAGCACUCUCAUUUCCUGCGCCUGAGGAAGAGGCUCUGUGGGAAAAGUGUUGUGGAAUGGCCACGGACAGCAGCUGCAGAGCCCUGGUUCUGGCAAAACCUCAAAACUGUCAUUAGAAAAGAUAAUCAAGGGAUGUACAACAAAACAUAUUCCAAAUACUUUACCAAUGAAUAAAGCAGAGGAUAAUUGUUUGUUUUUUUUUGUUCAAUAAAAUGGGUUGUUUUUCCACUGUGAGCUGUUCUUCAAUGUUUGUAGUUAAAAUAAAUUUGAUAACUCAUGUGCAAAAAUUAAUUAAUAAAUAUAUAUAUGUGUGUAUAGAAAUAUAUAUAUAUAUAUAUAUAUAUUUAUGAAUGGUUUACCUUUUUUCUUUUUGACACAUGUUGAGACUGCAAUGUUUGGAAUGGUCCUGCUGGGUUUGAAUAAAACUACAAAUUGCAUUUGA